ACAGAUUGUGCUUUUUUCUAUUACCCAGCAGCGUGUGUUUUUUUAUUUGAGAUAUUAGGGAAAUCAUUUCAGCAAAAAUGCACCGCGCCCUCACACUCCCCGAAGUCGUCCUCUCCAUAAUCUCUUACCUGCCCACCUGGGACCUCCUAACCUGCCAUGCCGUCUCAUCCGGAUGGCGCCGCAUCCUCGUCGCAAACCUACCUGCUCGAAUGCGUCCACUGCCUGAUACCUCCUCCACUUUUCUCCUCGAAAAAACCACGCUUGCCCUACCAGAUUCCAUACGUAGCCUAGCCCGUUCACUCGAUCUCCGUCCAAAAGAGUUCGUCGAUUGGAUCAUCCAGCCAGAGGUCGAGAGAGACUACCUGAGCUGGCGGAUAGAAACAGCAGAUGAGCUGCAGGAAGCGUUGAGACCGUAUAUGCAUCCUUUGCUAGCGACUCAUGUGCAUGAUUUGACGGGUGGGAUAGACGAUGUGAUAAGGGGGCAGAUGGGUAUUUCCAUUUUGACUUUGAUGGGGUUGGGAGAGUUUGAACGGAUGCUUAAGAUAAGAAAUGGUGAAGAGGAAGGGAUGAAGUAUUUGACGCAUCCAGUGACGAAGAAGGUGGAGGUGAGGUGUUUGGAUGGAGCGGAGUGGGAUGAGGAUUAUAUGAAUGUACGAACGGCAAAGGCGGACAUGGAGUGGUCGAGAAAAUAUGUUAGGGUUGAGCGGGAAAGUGGGGUUAGAAUGUGUGAUGUUGUUGAUGAGUUGAGGGGGGUUAUUGAGGCUGAUUGGGUUGUGCAGCAUGGAUGUGGCAACGUGCUGCUAAAUUGGCGCAUGGGUGAUUGUACCGAGAGGCAUCUUUUCAACGCUUUUGAGCUCACAGGUUGA